AUGGCGACCACCAUGCCAAGGGCCGGAGGUUGCACCACCAUCGCGCUCCAGCUGUUGGCGAGCAGCCUCAACAGCUGGCCCGGCGGGCACAAGGGCGAGGCGAUGCGAGCAGAGUUUUUUACAGCAUCUUCGUCCGCAACAGGAGUUGCUCCGCUGCCUCCGACUGCCCGCAGCCGCACCUCGUGGGAGCCCGGAGAGGGGAAGCAACUAGCGGGGGGAACCGAACGCCGCCGUUAUGGCGACGCUGACUUGAGCCUGGCAGUCCCUGGGCACCAACAGGGCAGGAGACUGCCGCUGUUAGUCGAUCGACGGUUCACUGGUCAGAGAACAGGGCGACCACCAAAACCCGAAGAAGAGGCAAGUCUGCUGCUGGUCACGGGAACUGUAGCGUUGUCUGUGCCCCACCGCCCCCCCGCUUCUCCGGAGGGGCCCUUCGGAUGGGGAACUGAUUGGGUGGCGGGUGUGGGAACUCCCGCUGUCGGCGUGAGGCACGCGGAGGAUACUAUCGAGCUGGCCUCGUGCUACUCUCCGGUUGGGGACCGGGGCUUCACGGACGACGUGAUGAGUAGACGCGUCAAACGCUAUCAGAAUGCUGACGCUUCGGAUCGGGAUCGCGUGGACGGGGCAGUCAAAGGCAGAAUUUACACCGACCGUCUUUUGUUCCGGCGAACCAUGUUCAUCGAUAUCCCCUUGUGCGUUUUCUGGACGGUGUCGCUUUUAUGUUUUGUGUUGUUGUUUGGUUUCGAACAGGUAGUUUCUUGCACGCGGACCAAGGACAGAGGGCGAUACCUGCCGGAGUGGGUGGCAUACCACUGGGCGAUGGGCGUGGACGAGAUGAACAUCUUCGACGAUGACAGCGUAGACGACACUAGAGAGGCACGCAUUUUUGUACUAGAACCAUUCGUACGCGCCGGUAUCGUCAAGUUCCAGCGCCGCCACAUCGAUCCAAGAAACGCAACAUCCACACCACCAUCGGCCGCGAUGCCACCCCUCACCGAAUGCGUGGAGUCGUAUCGAGGGAUGCACGACUGGGGGGACAGGUUGGCUCCACGCUGGGUGGUGUUGUUGGACACGGAUGAGUACCUGUGGGCCAGGGAGGCAGGCAAGAUAGGCCUGCCGGAGGCGCUGGAAGCGCGCUCGACGACGUGCUGCUUGCAGGUGUCGACGGUGCAGCACGGAACCUCAGGGUUUUCCAAGUCUCCUCGCGGCCUCUUGUUGGAAAACUUUCUCACUCACGCAGACCCCACGUCGCCAGAACUGAACGGCCCUCCCAAGGUGCUGUAUUGCUUGAGUUUGUUUCUGGUCUUUGUUGCCGUAUUUCUCUCUUGA